AUGGACAGGCCAAUCACUGCUGGCCAACUGAAAGACAAGUCACUCUUCCAGGACAGCGAUGGCAGCACAGCUCCUGCCAAGAGCAUGUGCCAUAAUUGUUCAAAGCUAAAGAUAUUUCUUGGAGCUCUAGCUUUUUCCUUUUUUGCCAAAGGAUUUUCUGGAAGCUACAUGAAGAGCAUGUCCAGUCAAAUUGAAAGGAGAUUUGAAAUCUCAUCAUCAAUUGUUGGCAUUAUUGAUGGCAGCUUUGAGAUAGGUAACUUAAUGGUAAUGGUGUUGGUGAGCUACCUUGGACCAAGAGUUCAUCGACCAAAAGUUAUUGCUGUUGGAUGUCUCAUCAUGUCUUUAGGAGCAUUUUUGUCAGUGAUGCCUCAGUUCCUAAUGGGACGUUAUAAUUAUGAAAGGAUAACUGUUACUGUGGACAACUCCUCUACAAGUGUAUCAGCUUGCUCCCCAGCAUCAUCUGAGGGCCCUCCAGUCACAGAUGCUACAGAAACACCCAGUGCAACGAAAAAUUUCGGAUGUGAGAAAACAACAAAUUCCUAUCUGUGGCUCUUUGUGUUGAUGGGGAACCUUUUACGUGGAAUUGGGGAAGCACCAGUUAUGCCACUGGGGGUUUCAUAUAUUGAUGAUUUUUCUAAAGAAGAAAACUCAGCAUUUUACAUAGGCCUGGUGAGAUCCUCGGGCAUGUUUGGGCCGACCCUGGGCUUCCUGCUUGGAUCUUUCUGUGCCAGCCUCUGGGUUGACAUUGGCGUUGUGGAUAUCGAUGCCAUCAGCAUAAAUCCUAAGGAUACCCGCUGGGUUGGUGCCUGGUGGCUUGGAUUGCUUAUCUGUGGAGCAGUCAACUUCAUUGCGUCAUUGCCUUUCUGGUUUUUGCCUUACUCCUUGCCAAAACAAGGAGAGAAUGAAAACCUGAAGAUUAGUCAUUUGCCUGUUCAAGGAGAUCACUGUAAAAUAGACCCCCCGGUUCAACCGCAGUUAAAGUUCUCAGAGGCAGUAAAAGAUUUCCUCCCAGCUCUGAAGAAGCUGUUUGGAAAUCCCAUUUUCCUGGUGUACAUCUUCCUCACUAUUCUGCAGUACAACUCUCUUGUUGGGUUGAUAACCUAUGAGACGAAGUUUAUGGAGCAGCAAUUUAAUGUAUCAGUGGCAAGAGCCAUAUUUUUAAUUGGUGUGAUACUUCUACCCAUCACAAUCCUGGGGAUGUUUCUAGGAGGCUUUCUGAUCAAGAAAUUCAAACUUCACAUAACUGAAAUGGCAAAGUUCGCAUGCAUCACCUUUAUAGUAGCAUAUUUGUUAAACCUCUUGUACUUUACGUGCAGUUGUGAGGUGCUCCAGGUGGCCGGUUUGACAGCGCCCUACUCUGGAUUAAAGCAUCUUUCCUCCCCCAAAAACAGCUUCGUGGCCAGUUGCAAUGGUGACUGUGGCUGCAAGCUGGAUCAGUGGGACCCUGUAUGUGGGGAUAAUGGGAUCACUUACAUGACAGCCUGCUUUGCGGGAUGUAAAUCAUCAACUGGGACAGGAAAGAAUAUGGUGUUUCACAAUUGCAGCUGUGUGGAAGGACAAGUGCAUGGACUUGGCAAUUCCUCUGCAGUUCUGGGACAAUGCCAAAGAGAAAGCUGUACCAAAGCAUUUCCCUAUUUUUUAGCAUUACAGACUGCAUGUGCAUUUAUUUUAGCCUUAGGAGGCACUCCUACAUACAUGAUUAUGUUUAGAUCUGUUUCACCAGACCUGAAAUCCUUUGCUGUUGGGAUUGAAACUUUAGGUGGUAGAGUACUAGGAGGACUCCCUGCCCCUAUUUAUUUUGGUGCCUUGAUAGAUGAGACCUGCUUGAAAUGGGGGACAAAAAACUGUGGGGGAUCUGGAUCUUGCCGGGUAUAUGAUACAAAAGCAUUCAGAAAUGUCUAUCUUGGCCUCAUUGCAGGACUACGGGCAGGAUGCUGUCUCUUAUACAUAGCGCUCUCUGUUUUAAUAAUGAAACGCUUCAAACCGGAUGGCAAAGAGAUGACAAAUACUAAAAAUACAGAAAGGUCAACCAGCAAAGAACCAGCUAUUUUCAACAAAAAAGAAAUUCUUCCUGGUACAAGAACCUCAGAGGAGAGUGAGGAGACUUGUAUGUAA